AUGUUCAAUGAGGCAAGACGCACCUGGUCCCAAGCUCAACAAGCUACAGCCUCCUUGCGUCGUGACCGUGGAUUUGGCCAACAUGCGCAUGACUCUGGAAAAGGCAAGGGAAAAUGUUUCAACUGUGGGGGAAACCAUUAUGUUCGAGAUUGUCCUGAUCGUUUGCACCCUGGUCCCCGAAAAGGAGUUGGUAAACAUUUAUCUCAAGCUGAACUUGAUGCGUAUUUGUUGAAGGGCAAAGGCAAAAGCAAAUCCAAGGGUCUUCAUGUGGUAAGUUGGGACGAUGGUUGGUAUGGGGAUAGCUAUGAAAACUAUGGCAUGUUCAAGGGCAAGGGCACAUAUGGUAAGAACGUCAAGGGCAAGUACAAACCCUCCUUGAAUACCUAUGUCAUGGACUAUGACUACCAUUCUUCCUACUGUUUGGAGCUUUUCCCAUUAGAGUUGUUUUCAACAUCACAACCUUCAACUACGUGUCCUCAACGUUCAGUUCCCCUUGGGUUUGGUAUGUUGGAUUGUGGUGCAACAGCCGCAGCAGGACCAGAGUCCUCCGCAAAAUUGCUGAUUUCCAAGUUGCGUGAGAUCGACCCUGAAAUUGGUGUUCAUUUGGAUGAUUCUCGAAGACCUUAUUUUAGGUAUGGUUCUGGCCAGUGGGGACGAUCACUAUAUCACUUGACCUUGGUUUCUGCGAAAGAUCCUUCAAGAACUUUUGAGAUGUAUACUUUGCCUGACCCCGAUGGUUUUGUCUACGGUUGGUCUUCACCUUCACAACUGGUACCCAUUCUUGUUGGCAUGGAUCAUUUACAAAAGAUCGGUUUGGUUUUGGAUUUUUCUGAUGAAUUUGCACUACAUGGUGCUGAACCUGAAGCUGAACCCUAUUGCCUGCGCAAGAACCCCAAGGGUCACUUCAUGAUUGACCUGGUGUACUACCUGUGUGGUGUGAUCUCUGAUGCCGAGGCCAUUGACACCUUUGCGGCAACCAUGGAUGGCGCUUCGCCUCAAUCUUCAGCUCCAAAGAGCCCUUCGUUGCCUCUCGAGCACGACCGAGCUCUACCGGCAGAUCCUCGAGAUCCUCGCAGCCAAUCAACAUGGCCUUGCAACGGCUCUCACGAGCACAAGACCAAUGGCGGCAACGCUUCGGGCAUUUGGUCGGAUUGUGCAACAUGUGGCCUGAGGAUGAGCUACAUUCCUCGACAAGGUACUCCAGCGAAAUACAUGACCCAGAAUGCCCCGGAGGUCAUCACCAAUGCCCUGAAGAUGCUGAAGGAGCACUUGACCGAGGACCAAAAGCCCAAUGCCAGCAUGGUGAAGACUUGCAUCAGGCUGGUGGAAUCUUCAAUGGCGAUCGAGGCGCACAAGGCCAAGUUGACCCUGAUGGAGGCUCAUCACCAAAGCCUCAAAGCUCACCUCCAGCUGCUCCUUGCCGCGCCUGUGACCCAGCUGUGCGAGGAGGAUCAGAGCGAGGCCCAGAGUCUGCUGUCCAUGCUGACCGGAGACGAAAUUGCCCGGCUGAGAGAGAUUGCUGCAGAACGAGUUCAAGUGUUUCCCAUGUCUCCGCCCGACUCCGAGGACAACAACGAGCCUGAGGAUGCGUCCUUGGCUGAGGACUUUGAGCUUUUGCACUUUGUUGAGUCGAAGAUGAUUGAAGGGAAUCCUACGGUUGGUGGCUCUGCAAAGUUUUGUGGCCUACCUUUGAAGAUUGGCCGUGCUGCAGCGUCCUUGAUGGCAAUGCUGAUGCUUCAUGCUCAAGUAGGACUUCAAGACCUACUACGUGGUGAUGAACGGGUAGAUUGCUGGGAGCUCUUUUGUGCACCUGACAGCUGGUUGGCCGCUGCCUGUCAAUCUGAAGGACUUCGAGCUUCCCGCAUCAACCUUCACCAAGGCUAUGACUUGUACCAGCCUUCAACCUAUGAUGAGCUGCGAGAAAGAUUCCACCGUGAAAGACCCAAACGUGUCUGGGUUUCAACAAGAUGCACAUAUUGGUGCCCAUGGACUUCUUUGAACUACAGGUCCAUUGAACAAAAGCAGAACUUGGAGAAGUUCCGGCGCAAAGAACGAGCUAUGUUCAAGCUGCUCAUACCCUUCCUGGUGGAGAUGCUCACUGCAUACCCUGACACUGAGCUGUUUUGGGAAUGGCCUACAAGAUGCUAUGGCUGGAAAGAAACCUGGUUGGAAACUCUGCAACGUGAACUUCAUCGACUUGACCGUGAUUGGCUUUUUGGUCGAAUCGAUGGUUGCAGGUAUGAACUUCGCUCUCAGCUUGGACUUUUGCUGCAGAAGCGAUGGACUAUUGUCACAAGCUCCAGCAGUUUCUUCCAGACCUACCGCAACAAAACAUGCGUGGGCAACCAUGACCACGACUAUGUGCAGGGACUGGAGACCAGCCGCAGUGCCUACUACCCUUGGAAGAUGUGCAAGUCCAUUGCACAACACUGGCGCCGAGAACUUUAUCCUGAAAAAUGGCUUCAUCGACUUCACUCUCCACUACCUCUUCACCUCAACAUGGCUAAGCAAGAGCACACCUUGCGGUUGGACUUGAUGCCGCAGAUGCUCCAAGAUGAACAACCCUCAGCACAAGAUCUUCGCACUUGGCAACUUCAACUUUUGAAGUAUCACAAAGCUGCUGGUGAUCUGAUGCGAUCCUUUCUUUCUGAUGUGGGCAUACAACUGGAAGUGCCACCUGUGAAGGAGAGUUGGAGUCACGGCAUCAUGGAGCGAUGUGUCCAAGAGAUCAAAACGGUUGCCUCCAAACUGACCUUGUCUCAUCCUGAAAUGUCUGUUCACAAUGUGCUGGCUUUGACCACCAUGGCUUUGAACUCAACAGAAACGGUGCGUGGAUUUUCACCGUACCAAUGGGUCUAUGGCCAAAAGUUCACCUUGGAUGAUGAAGAUGAGCGUGCUAUGGCUCAACUGACACCAUCAACCGCUGCUUUGGACUCUACGCAGCUGAUGGUGAAUCGCCGUGAAGCUGAGGCGAUGGCUCGUCAAGUUCAUGCUCAACGAGUCUUGGUGAAACUCAAGAACAGCGAGGAGCCUGACGAGAACGAGGAACAGGGUCCACAUCUUCCACUUCAACCUGAUGCUGACACCAUGAAGAUGCCUGAAUAUGUGCCCAAGACGCGACACACCACAAAGUCCGGACCCAAGCGGCAUCAAGUUUUACCACCACCUGCUGAGCCCAUGCCUUCCAUUUUCGAAGAAUUGCCACCAGUGCCACCUGACAAUGCACUGGAUGAAAACGAUGUGGUUCCAUCACCCUCUACUCCAGCUGAUGAUCCCUUGAAUGACUAUGGUGAUCCCACAUACGUUCCUGAUAGCGAUGAAGAAGUUGGCAACACUGGCAUAGGCAGUGGCCGUGGUGACAGUGAUGCUCCUGAUGAUGGCCUUUCUCAACAACAACCUCUCCUACAAUCCAGAGCCUCUUCUGACAAACCACCUCCCUCAAAUGAGCCUGAAUCCAAAAGACAGCGUGUUGAAGAUGAAGAACAAGCACUCUACAAGUGUUUUAUGGAAGCGGAAGAGUGCUACAUGCUUUCUGCGGAGUUGGAUGUGACCUCUCAACGCCAAAAACAACAGUUUGUCGAACAUCCAAGCCUCUUUUUGGCACAAAAGAUGCGAGAUUGCGAAGUCAGUUUGACUCGCCUGAAACCUGAACAUCGCAAACUCUUCGACCGUGCCAAGACCAAG